AUGUAUAGCCAUAGCCAUGGGAAGGAAAAAGGAACCCGACAGACAGAACAUCAUGCCUCUGGAAGUAAAUGUCUAGAGAAGCUGAUUUCAAUGGACGAGUGUGCAAAACACAUUAUUGAUAGCGCAUUAACGAAGAUACAGAAGCAGCUACUGGACAAAAACAAGCAAUCUGGAGCUUGUAAGCCAAGUAGCACUUCAUUUGGCUACAAUUGUCAUGAUCCUAAUUUUGAGAAGGCUUUGGGAAGCAUUGGUGCCAAGUUCCCUAACCUUAGCCCUUCGAGACGAGGGGGACGGCAGGAAUCUCAACACCAAGAACCAAGAAAGGAAGAUUUCUCAAGUAUCCUCUCAUCAACCAUCCAGAAGGUCAUGCGUGAAGCUGUUUCCAAUGCAGACGACAAUCCCAGCAGCACAAACAGGGGCCACAGGCAAGCUCCUCCUCCUGAAAGCAGGACCCAGAGGAUAAAGGCCUUUGCAAAACCAACUGCCAGUCCCUGGGAGACGUAUGGCAACAUGGAUCCUAUGUCGAUGCUGGAUAUCAACCAAUUGGUGAAGUCUAUGACUAAGUUGUGUCUCCUAGAGACUGAGGCCAAUGGCUCCAAUUUAGCUAGUGGUGACACAUCACAUAAACAAUACAGUGGUUCAUCCCAACAUUUAGGAGGGCCGAGGAGAGCGUCAAUAAUAAGAACUAAUAUGAGACAAUUGGGUACAAAUGGGGUGAUAGUGACCAACCAGAAUGGGGAAAGUGAUUCACUGAACAAAGAGCUCCAGGCUGUCCUCCAGUGGAUGGUGGCUUCUCAUUUCAAUGUGCCCAACCUGACCUUCUUAAAUGACAGAGAAGGAGACCUGGCUGAGCUUCCUCGGCUGGCUCAGAAGGCUACCAAGAAGGGCUACAGUGUGGGAGAUAUUCUUCAGAAGGUAAUGAGGUACCUUGAAAGAAGUCAGAUGGAGGAAGCGAUGGGGAAAAGGCCUCAGUGUGGACUGAUCCGCUGGCUACUUGCCAACUUGUAA